UAGGUUUAUCAAUACAAUACCCUCUCCCUUUCUAUCAAACCCUACAACCCCCAAAAUCAAAUUUCAAUCCACUCCCAAAUAAACUCCUCUGUUUCAUAUAAUUUUAUACAUUCUAAACUCAAAUGGCUUUCGCAGCUGCUUUUCGUCGCAUUUUGAGCGGAUCUUCAACGCCUUCGCCGAUUCUACAAUCCCAGUUUGCUUCGGUUCGCCACAAUUCUACUCUCACUACACCCAAGCUCUUUGUUAGCGGUCUUUCAAGAUCAACAACUGAUGAAAAUCUUUUCAAUGCAUUUGCAUCAUUUGGCAAGCUUCGUGAAGCAAAGGUGAUUGUUGAUAGAGCUUCUGGAAGAUCGAAGGGGUUUGGUUUUGUUACUUACGAAACAGUAGAAGAAGCGGAGAAAGCAAGGGAGGGAAUGAAUGCGAAGUUCCUGGACGGUUGGGUAAUUUUUGUUGACCCUGCUAGGCCAAGAGAGCCUCUGCCUCGUCAACCUCCUAAACAAGACACACAGCCAAAUGAAGCUGGCUUUACAACAAACAAGACUAUUGGUUGGUGCGGCUGAUGCUCCUGGACCAUUUUUUGUAUCUACUCAGCUAUUGGAAAAACGUUGGCAUACAAUUUAAGAUGGAAAUUUUAGUACUGCACAUUUCUUGAUGAAUAUAUUGCAAUCCUAUUUGACACUCUAAAAACAGAUUUUGAG